CCAGGUCUUGGCUGGGAGGUUAGGUUGGCUGGAGCGUCCCUUGGAGUCUUUUUAAAAGGUAAAUGUACCCCUAGAAUGUUGCAAUUUGGGGGGAGACUGGAUCGAGCUCUGCCGUGUAGACAUGACUGACCUUGGACUUCACCUGGGGCAGAUGGGCAGCAUUAGCAUCCUAAGACCCUUCUGGGCCCCCAGGGCACAAUCCUGAAGAAUUUAAUAAGGAAACUCCAGUGUUGUUAUUUAUACCUCCCUUGUUCCAGAGAAGACUUAAGAUGGCUUCAGAGAUUCUCAAGGUCAUUUUGGACAGUUUCACCAAGAACCCAGGAAGCCUGGGAGACCUUUGAUCAGCCGCAGAUCGGUGCUGGAGCCAAAGUUCCAUCUUUCAACCCUGCCCGCCCCUCUGAGCACCAGGGUCAGCAGCAGGCCAUGGGUGAUCAGGACCUACCUGGAGUUCUGGUGUCUGAUCUUGAAGGACCACAUGGCAUAUGUGAAGAUCAUGUUGAAGACCUGAAGAGACACUUUAAUCUCAUUACCAUGCAAGACUUUUUGGAAAAUAAAGCACAGCUGGGUCCCAAGAUCCAAGCUGUAUACAUCUGGGGCGGAAGGCCGGCCGUCAGCCAGGAGCUCCUGUGCAGCCUGCCCUCCUUGAAGAUCGUGGCCAGUGCAGGGGCAGGGUUGGACCAUCUGGACCUAGGGCUCGUGGCCAGCUUUGGCGUGAAGGUGGCCAACACACCACAUGCUGUCUCCAGCCCCACGGCAGACCUGGGGAUGGCCUUGCUGCUUGCCGCAGCUCGGAGAGUUGUGGAAGGUCAUCAGUUGGCUGUUUCACCACAUACAGAGAACUUUCCUACAGACUAUAUGGGUCAAGAAGUGACAGGGGCCACUCUGGGAAUUAUCGGCAUGGGCAGCAUUGGCUAUAAGAUUGCUCAAAGGGCCAGAGCAUUUGAAAUGAAGAUUGUCUAUCACAAUAGGAAACACAGAAAAUUGGAGGAGGAGGAAGCUGUUGGGGCCAUUUACUGUGAGAGGCUGGAUGACCUGCUUCAGCGGUCGGACUUUGUGAUGUUGGCUGUGAGCUUGACGCCACAGACCCAGGGCCUGAUCGGGAAGCGGGAGCUGAGAUUAAUGAAGCCCACCGCCAUCCUUGUCAACAUCGGCAGAGGUCUGCUAGUUGAUCAAGACGCCCUGGUGGAAGCCCUUCAGACCGGGCUCAUUAAGGCGGCAGCGCUGGAUGUGACGUACCCAGAGCCCCUGCCCAGAGAUCAUCCUUUAUUGGAGUUGAAGAACAUCAUUCUGACACCUCACAUUGGAAGUGCAACUCAUCAAGCAAGACGACAGAUAAUGGAAAAUUUGGUUGAAAGCAUCCUGGCUUCUUUCAGUGGCCUUCCUAUUCCUAACGAAGUGCUGCUUAAAUGAUUUAUGUGAGUUAAGCAUUCAGUGGGAUGGAAACAGCAGAUUAAAUGGGAAAGAAACA